ACUGCGUUGCUGGUUCCUGUCCGAGUGACCGGAUGUGCAAGGCCAGCUUUUUGAGUGGCGGAUUCUCGUGCGUCUGCCCUAUCGGAUCGUCCUCAUGCGACAAGCCCUGUUUCUCAAGUCCCUGCCACAAUGGCGGGUUUUGUAGCAACACACAGGACGGUAACAACUACACCUGCGCCUGUUUACCUGGAUUUACGGGAAGACACUGUGAGACAGAUAACAUUAAGCUGUGUGACUCAAGCCCUUGCCCUUGUUUAAACCUCACCUGCACCUGUCCCCCUGGAUACACGGGAAGACACUGUGAAUCAGGCAUCCCGAGGCCGUGUGACUCCAAUCCCUGCAGUAACAAUAGUGUUUGUAACAACACUCAAGGCGAUAGGAACUACAACUGCACCUGUUCCCCCGGAUAUACGGGAAGACACUGUGACACUUUAAAACAGAUCUUGUGUGAAGAAAAUGGGUGCCAAAAUAACGGAACUUGCUUUUGGAAUGAUACCGAUUACGGUUGCAUGUGCGUUUCUGGAUUUACAGGGAGCCGAUGCGAAACACCCCUGGAAUGCUUAACGUAUCGUAACCUUUCCGAAGCUGACAGAAAUGUUAAUGCCUCUUAUAUUGGAAUACUUUGUGACGGAUACCUAAUCACCAGUGCCAAUUGGUAUCGAUUUGUUGGGGAAGCGGGCACACACAUGGUUGACUACUGCCCGAUGGAAGAGCAGCACUGUAAUGCAGAUUUUCAAGUAUGGCUGGUGGAUGGUCAACCUAAGCGUGGAGACAUCCGAGUGGGGCUAAAAUAUAACAUACGGGGUAACAAUAUAUGUAAUAACUGGCCUGGUACAAUCUACGCGACACACUGUGACACGUUUAUAGUGUAUCAGUUAAUUCAAAUGAAUUGUUUUGUUCGUUAUUGUGGCGCAGACUAGGGUCACUUCUAAUGUUGCGUGACC